ACUGUUAGAGAAAAAUGAUGUGAUUGUGUCAAAUAAUAGUGAAGAAGAAAAUAAGGAGGUACAAGCAAUAUCUGUAGCAGAUGAAGCACCCACAGCACAUAAAGAGAUCAAAGUUUACACUUCGCAAUUUACAACUCCUGAUCAAAGUUCUGAUCAUGUACACAUGCUUGAUGAAAGUAAAAGGCUAAAGCAUUCAGAAGCAGUGCAGAAAUUAGUUGAGGAAGAAGUGACCAAAAACUACCUACCACCUGCUAUUACGAGUGCGGUUAAAGACUAUAUGACUAGGAUAUUGAACCUAAGCUCGAGUAUUAAGAAGCUAAAACAUGCUGAAGUUACAAACAUUAAAUACAAAGUUUGUGAGGUUCAAAAUGACUAUUUAGAUGGUAAUAAAAAUAAAAAAUCUGAUAUAGAAGAAA